CCUCACCUCCCACUCCCCUCCUGUCUCGUGGUGGCGGCUCCUCCCGCCGGAGGCUGUCGGGCUGCUCUGGAGAAGGGGAGGGGGGAGGGGAGGGGGAGGAGGAAGGCGCUCGGGCUCCCGGGGCGUCGGGGGCGAUGGCGAAGAUCAGGGUGGCUUACGAGUACACGGAAGCGGAGGACAAAAGCAUCCGGCUAGGGUUGUUCCUCAUCAUCUCGGGCAUCGUGUCGCUCUUCAUCUUCGGUUUCUGCUGGCUCAGUCCCGCCCUGCAGGACCUGCAAGCUAAGGCGGCCAACUGCACGGUUCUGUCGGUGCAGCAAAUAGCCGAGGUGUUCGAGUGCACCUUCACCUGUGGCGCCGACUGCCGCGGCACCUCGCAGUACCCCUGCGUCCAGGUCUAUGUCAACAACUCCGAGUCCCACUCCCGGGCGCUGCUGCACCGCGACGAGCACCAGCUGUUAACCAACCCCAAGUGCUCAUAUAUCCCUCCCUGUGAAAGAGAAAAUCAGAAGAAUUUGGAAAGCGUCAUGAGUUGGCAACAGUACUGGGAAGAUGAAAUUGGUUCUCAGCCAUUCACUUGCUAUUUUAAUCAGUAUCAGAGACCUGACGACGUGCUUCUGAAGCGCACCCAUGAUGAGAUCGUCUUGCUGCACUGCUUCCUCUGGCCCCUGGUCACCUUCCUGGUGGGAGUCCUUAUCGUGGUGCUGACCAUCUGUGCCAAGAGCCUGGCCGUCAAAGCUGAAGCCAUGAAAAAGCGCAAGUUCUCCUAGAGGUGAUGCCCCAAGGAAGAAGCCAAAAGUCAGCAGGACGUGAGGGGAAAGGAGACCAAUGCUGCUCUCUUUCCGGUCCCCUCCUCCAACCCCCGCAAAGCAUCCUGGGAAAUGUGGAUGUGACCCAUGGCACCAUGUGACCAUGGCAAGGACUCCUGCCGGAAGGAUCCAGGAGUUCUCUCUGGAAGGCUUGUCUUCCAGGCCGCAGUAACCAAAAGACGUGGAGUGGCACGUUGUAGUAGAUAUUUCCAAGCAAUGGCUCACGUAUUCAGCUCUUAGCUUUGUGGAAUGACCAUUUCAGAAAAUCGUGUAGAUUUCCUUUUAUUUGAAAAACAAACAUUCUGCCAGUCAGUAUGAUGUAGAUUACUAACCAUCAUAACUAAUGCUAUUUAAAAUAUUAAAGCAGAGUGGUCUGAUUCUUUUUUAAUGUCUGCUUUCUAUCCCGAAUGCAGAGUGCUGAGGUAAGCUUUUCUACUUCAUUUAUGUCUCCUAGAUCAAAGUUUCAUUUUUCUGUGAUAGUUUCUGUGCAAGCCUGGACCUAACCAUACUAACCGCCAUCAUUCCUUUUAGAGUAAACUUCCAGUAAUCCCAGUCCCUUCUUUCAAAGCAGCCCCUCGUGGUUCAUUCACAUUGGAAGAAGAAUGCAUUUUUAUGGGCUCCAAUGUUUUUGUGACACUAAAGAUGGGUUCUUGGAUUAGGAAGAGAUCUCCUAAACUUGAAUUCCCUCUGUCCAAAUGUUAGUUCUUGACAGAGAUCUUAUUAAGACCCAAACACUGUCUUUCCACUCCCAGAAAUGUUGGGACUUGUUAGGUAUUCCUCAUGUCAGAGAUAUGGGUGGUGGGAGGAUAUGUAUGUGUGUUCAGGGGACAUGGUUUCUCCCCUCUCUUGGCUUAUAUACUUGGUUCCUACUUAAGAAACUUUCAGGGCAUCCCUCAGUAUCUUAAAACUGACCAUUUCCCAUCUCUCCUUUUUCGAGGCUUACUGUUCAUAUGACAGAGGAAAAUUUUAACAGAAGAAAGAAAGAGACAAAACAACCCUUGAAUGAAUGAUCAUUAGUCUUAAGGAUCCUGAAACACAUUUACUAAAUCUAAAACUAAUGUGGGAAAAAAAAUAAUGAAUGAAUGUGGAUCCACUAAGGCUUAGCUCCUAGGCAACAAAGGUACUGAGAGCAGUUCUACUCUUGUAGCAGAAACAACUGAGCUUAGAGUCUAGUCAAGUGAAAAUACUUUGCCUAGCAAACACUUAUAAGCACUUAAUGAUGGACCAAGUACUGUGCUAGGUCCUUGAGAUACAAAAAUAAAAAUGAAGCAGGCCCGACCCUGAAGGCGCUCUUAGAGAGGACUUGCUAGCACACUCUCUCAUAAAUAUUCCUCCCAGGCCCUUCCCUAGAAGCAUAUGAUUUAUAUGUACAUGUAGGCAGAUACAGAGCUUGGGAUAGAUGUGCCCACAGGCCCUGCGAUGAGCAAUAUAUUAUUAACACCAGCCCCCUUCUCCUUGGGGACACUCUGCCUGCCUGUAAAGUCCAUGUAUAAAUUUAUACAAAGUAAUUUUGGGAAGAGCCACUGGCACUGAAGGGAACAGAAAAGUCCCAUGUUAGAUGGUCCUUGAACUGAGCUUUGAAGGAAAGAGUUAGAAAUGAGGAGCAAAGACGUUUUAGACAUGAGGAGCAGCCUGUAUAAAAACUCAGAGGUGAAGGGCCCAAUGUGAGAAAGAACAAGAAGGCCUUUUUGGCAGGACCACAGCACAUAUAAAGGAAAGUUAUCUAAAAUAAUGCAAUAAAGAAAGGUUGAAACCAAGCAGAGGGGGGCCGUUAAGGACCAAACAGAGGAGUUUUUAACUUAAUGCUUGAGGCAAUUAGGGGGCACUGGAAUUAAUGAACAGGAUCAGAUCUAUGGUUCAGGAACAUGGAUUUGGUAGCUAGAUAGAGGCAGAAUUGUUAAAGGAGGAGGCAAGACAAUGAAAUAAUCUAGAGCCAACCACAGGAGUUGACAGAAGUGAUGUAAGGCAAGGACCAGGAGAUGAGAUAGUAGUAUCAUGAAAACCCAGACAAGAAUCCAUCCAGUGGAAGAAAUUGGUAAACAGUGUCAAAUAGUGCAGAGAGAUGGAGAAGGGUGAGAAUGAAAGGAAUAUUUCAUACUCCUUCAUUCAUAAGGCAAUUAAGAGAUUAUUGGUAACUUUGUAGCGGAUAUGAUUGAUAAGGUUGAAAGACAUUUCAAAGAGUUGAGUGAGAAGUAGAAGAAAUGUUGGAGGAUCAACAGCUUUUUCUAGGAGCUUAGUUCUGAAAGAAGGACAAAUCUGAGCCCAUGGCUUGAGGUGGUACAGUCAAGUGAGGAAUUUUUCCAUUAAAAUAAGAAGUCACCCUAAGGGAACAUCUUCCCCAUCCUUCCCAGUCUUGCUUUCCCAACUCCUCUACUAGGUGAACUCCUUCCCUGUCCAGCUCUGCCUUGAUGCUUCUUGGUAUGAAGGAAGCCUUUUUGCAUCAGCUUCCUCAGCUCUUUUCAGGUGUCCCACCCAGAUGGGAUCUGGAGUCUCUGUCUCCACACCCUCUACAUGCCUAAGACCUUUUCCUCAAGUCUAGACUGAAUUGUUGAUUUAUGGAUGCAUUUUAUACUUUUUGCUCCAGGCAUUUGUGAAACUUAUCCUAGGUUAUCCAGAAUUGCUGAUUAUAUCUCAGUCAUUUAGGGUUAAAAAUACAAGAGUUUCUCUAUGGCCCUCCAAAUUCCUUCCCUUGUUACCCUGUCACAGCUUUCUUGUUGUGGUGCUGGGGGAUGGGGGGGGCCUCUUUUUUUGCUUCCUGUGCCCUAAAAGAGGACCACCCCUUCCACACAACAUCUAGGGUUCUCUGCCUGUUGAUGCCUUCUUUCCUGUGAAGAAGGGAACUUCAUGAGUUCUUCUGGUCUUGUCAAAGCCUGAUUCCCUUUCUUGGUCUCUUUCUUUUUACUCAACUAUUUCCUUCUCCAGUAACUCCCUUCUCACUACCACACACCAUGUAAAUCAGUGGGAACUAAGAGACAGCCAGGCCUAGCCUGGGCUACCAUUGAUAUUCUCGGUACAACCCCCCCCCCCCCGCCCCAGCCCACCCCCCCAAAAAAACAAAAAACUACUGCAGCUUUUAUCUAGGCCACUCCACUCAAAUGUAUACGGUUUGCAAAAUGCUUCCCCUGUAUUACCACCAUUGAGUCUCCUAACAACUCCAGGAGGUAUAUGCUAUCUGGCCACAUUUGACAGGUAAGGAAACGACGGCUAAUGGGGUUAAAUGUCUUGCUUGGUUAUGCUACCAGCAGUAGGUAAUGAAAACAUUCUGUGUUAUCUAUGAGCAAAUGACUGAAAAUCCCACCCCAACCCACUCACUCCAAAAUUGCCACUUUUGAGUCAUUUGGCAUUGAGUGAAUUUCUUGAAUCCAUUGUAUCUAUUUACGCUUGGAAUGAUUAUAGCUUAUUAAAGGCAGCAUGUAGAACUUUUCUGCCUAUAGAAGUCUCUUAGUGAAGAUAAUACAUUGAUCAGAACAUUCUAUUCAACAGCUUGAUGCUCGUGAAUCUAGAUUUAUUCAUCUGUCCGUGUGAGUCCAAAGACUUCAUUUUCUGGAUGAUUUGGGGAAAAUGUAACAAGAAAAUUGGUUUUUUUUCCAAACAUAGCUUUGUAGGUUCCACUUGCCUUCAAUUAGCUAGAACUACAGUUCCUAGGAUCUGAAAGAAAAUAAUUUCUAGUUUGAUGUUAUGCUAUUUCAGGGUUGUAGGAGCUACAUAAGGCAGGAAAUAGUAGACAAUUCUCAAUAUGGAGCCAAUAAGACCUGAGUUCAGUUCAGGGCUUGCUCUGACAUUAAGUAAAUCAUUUCUUGUCUUUUUUUAGCACUAGCUUCCUCAUUUAGAAAGGAGACAUGAUGAUAGAGUGAAAUUACUGGAUCAUUCACACCCCACUCAAACUUUGUAGAGAUCUAAAUAGCAUGAUCCUUGAUGGAAUAUUUCAAAGCACUAGCAAAGGUUUAGAUCCUCCUUGUUUGGUCAGUGCAGUUUACUAAAAGAUAACUAAAAAUCUGAUGCAAUAACUUUAGCAAAAUUUGGAAUUUAUGACAAGCAUCCUUUUUCACAACAUCUGGUCUGGCUCAAAUUAACUUUCACAGAGUAUUUUGGUUUUUUACAGUAUAAAAAAUGAGAUAAAACCAUUGUUAGGAAUGUUGUAAGCAGACAUUUCCUAGCUAUGUGAUCCUGGGCAAGUCACUUAACCCCAGUUGUCUAGCCCUUGCUGCCUUAGAACCAAUACAUGGCAUUGAUUCUGUGCUGGAAGGUAACGGUUAAGAGAAAAAAAAAAGGAAUGUUGUAAAAUAUCAUGAAGAAACUUAGUAAAGAGGUACAAACUGGAGGUCAAAAGGGACAUGAAAGUGAAAAGAAAUUCCAAGAAGUUACUGAAGCAAUUGAAGGAUCAACUACUUUGAGAAAAUUUUGAAAAACAUUUUGCCUAUUGUGAAAGUGUGGCCCAAGCUCAGAAAUACUAUUAUCUACAAGAGUGCCAACAUCAAUUAAUAAGAAUAUAAAGAUCAGAUGGGGAUAAAUUAGAAAAUAUUCCUUUGAUUACUUUAAUCCCCCAUUCCUGAGUCUGGAUUCUCAUGUCCUAACUACUUGAUUCCACCUUAGUUACAUAUGGGGAUGAUCUUAAUCUCACUAUCACUGAGAAGUGUUCCACUUCAACAAUAAAAAUUCCUUCUCUCCUAUUAACCCAUCCUAAGCUUAAUAAUUUGUCUUCACUAAAACCUCUCAUCUCUCCAUCUCUUGGAACUCACUCAGGCACCUCUUCUCUCACCUCACUUUCUUCCUCUCCUGAUCUUAAUCCUAUAAUCAAAAACUUCAAGUCUUCACUGUCCUCUCAAAUCUGUUGCCCUGAUGUUAAUACUCCAUACUUGAGCCCUAAUCCUGAAUUAUUCCCACCAUUUGCUUCCUAAGGUCUUUUUCACAUUCUGUUACCAAAACUAGGAGAAAUCAUGCAAUUGAACCAACUAACCCCUACAAAUUUGCAGUAUAUGCUUUCAACUGAGUCCUCAAGUCAGCAAGAUGAUUCUUGUAUUUCCAUUUAACUGAUUCUUCUCCCACCCCCUGCAGAGGCUGUUCCAACCCAUUUUCUUCUCUAAAUCCUCUAUCGCAUGAUCCCCAUCCUCAGCUGAGGAUCUCACUUCAUAUUCUGAGGUGAGAUCCCCAUAAGAAAAUAAAGACCAUUGCCAUGUACUUCCUCUUGUCCCCUUCUCUGUUUCUCAAAACUUCUUCAUGUUGUCCCUCAAUUUUGCCUCCUUUACUCCAAUCUCCAGUGAAAGAGAUAGCCUUUCUCUUUGUCAACGGCAAACCUUCCUCAUAAGCCCUAGAUUCCACCCCCUCCCAUCUUUCCUGGCACAUUGCCCCCACAGUCAACCUCUCUCUGUCUACUUUUUCAGUUUCUCCUUGAGUCCCGGUUUCUUCCUCAUCGCAGCAGGACCUGGUUUUAUGCAACCAGUCAUGUAAGUAGAAAUCGUGCAUGAUAGCAAACCUCAUUAUUUAACAAGAAUUUCUUAUCCAAACGUACUUAGGCACUUCAUGCCUUUUUUGAGGCUCUUCAAAGCUACCAGCAUCACUACUCGUGUGCUUUGGGGUUGUCUUUUGCCUCUACUUCCUCUCCUCUCCCUCACUUCUCAGACCAUAGCCAUCUGAUGACCAAUUUCAUCACUCAUUUGAAAAUGCUUUCUUCAAAAUUACCAACAAUAUCUCCAGGGACCGACAGCUCUGACACCUGUUGCCUAUCUUCAUCCUUGAUCUCUUUCUGUGCUUUUUAACUGGUGAUUGACCUAUUCUCUUGGAUAUUCCCUCAUUCCAUCAUCUUUUCAUAACACUGCUCUCUUGGGCCUCUUUCUGCCUGUCUGGCCCCUCCAUAGGAUCCUCUGAUGGUUUAUCAUCCUUAGCACACUCUCAGCUAUUGGGGAUGAUUUCUUUAGUUCCUAUAGAUUGAGCGAUCAUUUAUACAAAUUACUUACAGAUUAUUAGCACUAAUGUCUCUGCAGAGCUCCAAGAGUAUUCUGCUGAUUGGAUAUUCCACCUUUGGGUGUUCACCUAACUCGGGCCUUCAUCACCUUUCCUCUGGACUCUUGCAAGAAUAGCCUAACUGGUGCCUACAUCUUAAAUCUCGCCCUUCUCCGAUCCGUCCUACACACCAGUGGGCUGCAUGCAGCCUACGACACUCCUGCAUGUGCCUGAACCAGAUUUAAAUGUCGUUUGGAAAUAUUUAACAAAAUAAAUAAAAAUACAAUAAUGCAUCCAUGACAUAGUUUUCCAAGUCAAUAUGGGACCAGCAGGGAUCCUUGUGUUUGGCUUCCUAGCCCUCACUUCCUUUUGAGCUCGACUCCACUGCUCUAAAUGGCUGCCAAAGUCAUUUUCCUAAUGUGCGAGUUUGAUUAUGGCAGUCGCCUUCCCAAUUAAAUUCCAGUGGUUCACUCUUACCUCUAGAAUCAAAUCUAUACUUUCCUGUGUAGAUCCACAACCUGGCCCCAAACUACAUUUCCAACCUUAUUCUGUAUUAUUCCCCUUCUUGUACUCAGUGGUCCAGCCAAUCUGACCUUGUUGUUCCUCACGAUUGACCCUCCAUUUCCCAUCUCCGUACCUUUACUUUGGCUUCCCCUCAUGCCUGGAAUGAGCACCUACCUCACCUCCCCCCUUAUAAUACUUUGAUUCUUUUAAAAUUCUGCUUAAGUGCCACUCUAUACAUGAUGCCCUUCUUAAUCCCCCAGCUACCAGUGCCUUCCCCACAAAAAAAAUUAUCUUUAUUUUGUAUAUAGUUUGUAUAUAUUUAUGUAUAUGUGUGUUGUCUCAUAGUAUGUGAGCUCCUCGAGGGCAAGGACUUAAAUUUCGUUUGUUCUUGUAUACUGAGCACUUAGCACAGUGCCUGGCACAUAGUAGGUACUUAAUAAAUGAAUGUUUGUUGACGGACCAAUUACUCAGUAUGAUACAUUUCUGUGAUCCUAGAGAGAACCUAUUUACUAAGCAGCUGCUAUUAAAUCAUCUUAUAGAAUCAUGGAAAUCAUAGUUAGAAAGGACCUCAAAUGGCAUGUUGUCUCAUUCACACCUGAGCAAGAUGGGCCUUACAACAUUUUAAAAUAUUCAUUCAGCUUCUGAUUGAAGACCUUCUGUAGUGAAGAACCCGCCAUUGUCCUCCAAUUCUAUACCACCCGUGUGUUAUCCCCCAGGGAAGAUACUUCCUUGGUUAAGUAGAUUUAGUUAGGAUAUUCUGCAUCAUGAUCAGCAAAAAAAUACAUACAGAUAUAAAACCUAUCGGGAAAAUCUGAGAGCUGGCAGAGCCUGGGGCCAAGCUCUGUGCUUUCAGAAAACUGUUAUGUCUUCAUUCCUUCAAGACAGAGAGAGUCAAAUCGCUCUUUUUCCAAUCAGAAGGGAAUCUUGCUUCUGACUUCAUUCUCCCUGAACAUGGGAGGAGAUGAUCAAAAAUCAUAACCUAGACUUGAGAGGGACCUUUGAUAAUCCAGUCUAUCCCUGCCCAAGCUCACAUUUUCAAGAUGAAAACAAUUGAAGGGACGAGAAAGGAAAGGGAAUGUCCAAGGAUACAAAAACAGGAAGUAGCAGAACUGAUAUUUGAACUCCUAUCUUCUGUCUCUAUUCUCUUUGCUAAAAUUAUGCUGUGGCCACCUGCACAUUGCCACUGGAAAUAGUCUGGGAAAGCUACCAAAGUAAUAUAUAACAGUUACUCCAUAUAUACAAGUCCAUGUUUAGUCAUACUUCCUGGUUAACAGCACUCUUAACAUGGCAGUACUUGCACUCCACUGUGGGACCCUAUUGGCAUCUAUACUUGGAAAAUGAGUGUGUGUCUUGGGCCAAGGGUGUGCUACCUUAAAUGCAAGUUCUAGAUCACGAGAGAUUGACUCACCAAGGCAAUUGAUUAAAAAAAUUGUUUUUCUCAGUAUAAAUGACACCAAGGAAAGGGAUAUAAGCAAAUGCUGAGCAAAGGUAUACAGGUACAAUUCUCUAGGUCCAUUAGGACACAGCCAGGUCAAUGACAAUUGCUUAUUUGAAAGGAAAUAAAUUUUAAAAUUUGUCAUCAAAUCUCUUGAUAACAGUUGAUAUAAAGCCUCAAUGCAGGUCUUAGCCAGUCCUUGCACUGAGUCCGUGAGUUAUCCAGAAAAUAAUCAUGCAGCCGAAUCAGACUCUCGGGGCCCAAGCCCUGGGAAAAACCAAAUAAAGCCUAAUAUAUUCCACCCCUUGUUCUUGGUCCUGUCAUAGUCUUAGUCGUGUCAUACUAGUACCAACCUCAGAUUUUUAGAUUUAGAUUUUUAGACCUUGGUUCUAAAUGAGUAAAUGAUACACCAAAAGGGAAUGGUACACAAAGCACAUGACAUGAAAAGAGAAAAAAUAAUGUGUAAAAUUAUACCCACUGUCCAAAGCCAGAAGAAUCAUGGUAUCACCAGACCUGGUGAAACAGUCAUAGAGGAGCCAGAGACUCGUUGAAGAUAGAACUCUAGAACAGCAACCAAGAACAGAAAGUAAGUCACUAGAACAAGGAGGACUUGAGGGAUAGUGCUAGUCUAAAAUGUCUGCAAAAGUAGUAGCAGAAGCAAAAACUAAGGAUCUUAUUUGCAGUUUGUCCCUCGACCCAAGAUAAUAUUUCCUCUCCCUUCUCCCUCCUAUCCUUUUUGUUUUUCUCCUGGUCCUUUGGUGAUCAUCUUCCUCUAACAAGGCCAUCUCCCCCGUAGUGAGUGAGACUUACCUGUGCAGCGAUCCCCAAGUUUCUUUAGAUAGUUCUACCCAUGGCCUAAAGAUAAGAUGGGAAACACCUUUCCAUGGCCUCCUGUCAAGGUCCACUGCCCUGCUCUACUCCUGCUAAGUUCUCCUUAACUUUGGGGGAUAUAAUUUGCCUAAACUGUCCAGAGGAAAAGAUAAAAAUAGUGAGCAACAGGUAGAUGGCUCAAUAGAUUGAGAGCCAGGAAUAGAGACAGGAGGUCCUGGGUUCAAAGUUGGCCUUAGACACUUCCUAGCUGUGGGACCCUGGGCAACCCCCAUUGCCUAGACUUUUACUUCUUCCUUGGAACCAAUACACAGUAUUGAUUCUAAAAUGGAAUGUGAGGGUUGUUUUUUUCUUUUUUAAAUGAUAGUAUAAACUUCACACAUUUCUCCUGGGAUAAAGUACUUGCAUACAAUGAUUUCAAUAUUGGACCUAUCACUCCCAACAAUGUUGAAUUAGGAAACAAAAACAUUCCUUUAUCACCACCAUCCACCUCUUCAAUGUUUUUUUCUUUCCUUUGUUCUUGUUUUUGUUAUUUCUAUAAUCAUAAUUCAUUGAACUGGUUCUUUCUCUCUUUGUUGAUGAGAAUGUUUGAGAUGUGAAUUUUCCCCUAAGGACUAAUUAUUGUCUCAUCACUGUCAUUUUCUUUGAUGAAAAUUACAUAGUGUAUCUCCAAUUUGUUCUUGACUCAUGGAUCCUUAGAAUUAAAUUAUUUUGUCUUUAUCAUAUGUUUGUUUCUUCAAAUGUCUUAUUGAUUAGAAUUUUUAUUGUAUUGUGGUCAGUAAAGAAUGCUUUUAAUAUU